AAGAAGAGGUAACGUUACUUGUAGUGUUGACACAAUUUGGAGAGUUGUCUUGAAAGGAAACCGGCUCAGUUCACUGAGCAGGCUGCGUCCUCACUUUGUACAUAAACAACUGAUGAAACGUGCACGGUUUUAGAUUCCUGCAUCAUUUUCCCAAGGCCCUUGAAGCUAUAACAAAGGAGCAACAUGAGCUCAAAGGGAGGAGGUACAGCCUUGAGCCGUCGUAACUACCGUCUAGCCUCCGACACUGAGAAACCCAAAGCCACAGGAAUUGUGAAUGAGAAGCUGCUGAGUGACUACCUGCACCAUGUAUUCCCCAGAUAUGGACUCACAUCAGCUGCUUACAGGAAAACCUUAACUUUCCCAGACCUGGAAGCCCAUUUGGAGCACCUGCUAUCAGAGGGCGAGCUCACAGAAGACAGCAGAGACCAGGCAGCUGAAGGCCGUCUUGGACCCUCUACGGUAGUGUUGGACCACACCAGUGGCUUUGAAGGCCUCCUCUUUGUUGAUGAUGAUCUCCUUGGGGUCAUUGGCCACAGCAAUUUCAGCUCCAUCAGAGCUACCACUUGCGUAUUCAAAGGGAAGUGGGUGUAUGAGGUGCUCAUUUCAUCCCAGGGCCUGAUGCAGAUCGGGUGGUGCACUCUCAACUGCAGGUUCAAUCAAGAGGAGGGUGUUGGUGAUACCCCUGACUCAUAUGCCUAUGAUGGGAACAGAGUGCGCAAGUGGAAUGUCACUACUACAAACUAUGGAAAGUCAUGGGCAGCAGGAGACAUUGUCAGCUGUUUGAUUGAUUUGGAUGAAGGCACUAUAACAUUUUGUUUAAAUGGUCAGUCCCUGGGUACGGCCUUCAGUAACAUUAAGAUGGGACCUGGCAUAGCAUACUUUCCAGCCAUCAGUCUGUCGUUCAAAGAGUCUGUGGCAUUCAACUUUGGGAGCCGCCCUCUCAGAUAUCCUGUGGAGGGCUACAGACCACUGCAGGACCCUCCUACUGCUGACCUUGUUAAAGCCAAUAGGCUGCUGGGUUACAUCAAAACUGUGCUGUCCACUACCAUUGAUACCCAGGAGGAGAGGCUUGUUGAGAAAGACAGCUCAUUUUGGCAGCUUCAAGGAGAACCUACAGUUCUUGUCACCCUUGCCCACAUUUUUAACUACUUUGCACCACUGAUGUGUAAGGUAUAUCUAGUAGAGGAUGUGUUGAUGAACUUCCUGUUGGGGAUCUUGGAGGGUGGGGGCUCAGUGGACGAACAUCCUCUCAUACAGCAGCUCCUGGACCUGUUUUGGCUGCUCAUGGAGGACUAUGAGGUGAAUGAGUGCCUGAAACAACUGAUGAUGUCCCUCCUUCGGGCCUAUCGGUUUUCUCCCAUCAUCCCUGACCUGGGGUUCCAGAUUCACUACUUGCGUUUGACUACAGCCAUCCUACGUCAUGAGAAGUCCAGGAAAUAUUUGCUCAAUAAUGUCUUAUUCGACAUGUUGCGCUCCGUGGUGUUCUUCUACAUCAAAACCCCUCUGAGGGUGAAGGAGGCCGGGCUGGAGGAGCUCAUCCCCACCACAUGGUGGCCCACACGCUUUGAUAAAGAGGGAAGAGAUGACAGUGAGGUGAAGGAGGAGAGUGCAGAUGAGCGGCUCAGGAGAAGAGCGUAUGAGCGAGGCUGCCAGAGGCUCAAGAAGAGGAUUGAGGUGGUGGAGGAGCUGCAGGUGCAGAUCCUGAGGCUCAUGUUGAACAACAAGGACAAAGGGACGGGUCAGGCAUCCAGAUAUAUAUUCUUGAACAAAUUCCGGAAGUUUCUUCAAGAGAAUGCCAGCAACAGAGCGAACCCAACAGUGUUAUGUCCUCCGGAGUACAUGGUGUGCUUCCUGCACCGUCUCAUCACAGCUGUGCGGAGCUAUUGGGAUGAGGGGAAGAGGAAGAGUGUGGGGAGUAUAAGCAGUGAGGAGGCCUAUGUCCCACCUCAACUUUUCUACAAUGGGAAAGUGGACUACUUCGACUUGCAGAGGCUUGGAGGGCUCCUCUCUCAUCUAAAGAAGACUCUGAAAGAUGACCUGGCCUCCAAGGCAAACAUAAUCAUCGACCCAUCUGAGAUUCUGCCUUCAUCUAUGGAUGACCUAGAUGAGGAUGAGGAGAGUGGAGCAGCCCAGAGGCCACUUGGAGCAGCGGCGACCGGAGGUGCCCCCGUGCGGCCCAGCUGGCUGAGCUCCCCCACUCUGGGCCGUGCCAACCGCUUUCUAAGCACAGCUGCUGUCAGCCUCAUGACCCCACGCCGACCCCUUGCUCCACCUGAGAAGGUCAAGGUUCGCACGUUAGCUGUGGAACAGCGCACUGAGGAGGACAUUGAGGGAAACCAUGGCAACGAUGGUUUGUUGCUGGGGCGACCACUGGAAGAGCCGGAUCAGCCAAUCACAGAGAAGUCACUUCUGGAGAUCUUGGAUGGGAUUGUGAUGAUGUACAAUUUAAGUGUCCAUCAACAGCUGGGCAAGAUGGUGGUUGUCGCUGAUGAUGUGCAUGAAUAUGCUGUGGCCCUUAAAGACACAGAAGAGAAGAUUGCCAGGUGUCCCAGUAGGAGAGCAGACAUAAUGGAUGAGCUACUGAAGAGUCAGAAGGUUUUUGCAGAGAAGUUGAACCACCUGAGUCGAAGGCUGGCCUGGAUCAAUGCCACCAUAUAUUCUAAGGAGAAAAUGUUGGAUGUGUACUGGCUGCUGCGAGUGUGUAUUCGCACAAUAGAGCAUUCUGACAACACUGGUUCUCUGUUUGCCUUCAACCCCGAGUUCUACCUCAAUGUGGCCAUGAACAGCUACAGUGCCCUCAAAAACUACUUUAGCCCAGCCAACAGCAUGGAUGAGCUACCAGGCUAUGAGGACACACUCACUCAGCUUGCUGCUAUUCUUGCUAAACAUUUUGCAGAUCCACGCAUAGUGGGGACAGACAUCAAAGACUCUCUCAUGCAGGCUCUAGCCAGCUAUGUGUGCUACCCCCAAUCCCUCAGGGCUGUGGAACGAAUCCCAGAGGAUCAACGUGUGGCGAUGAUGAGGAAUCUGCUGGCUCCUUAUGAGCAGAGGCCCUGGGCUCAGACAAAUUGGAUCCUUGUGCGUUUUUGGAAGGGUUGUGGGUUUGGCUACAGGUAUACCCGGUUGCCUCAUCUACUUAAAACCAAACCCGAGGAUGCUACCCUACCCAGCCUUCAGAAGCCCUGUCCAUCACUCCUGCUCCAGAGGCACAUGGCGGAGCUGCUGAGACAUGAUAAAGACAUGGCAGCCAGCUUUCUGAACAGUGUUCUCAACCAGCUCAACUGGGCCUUCUCGGAGUUCAUCGGCAUGAUUCAGGAGAUUCAGCAGGCUGCAGAGAGACCAGAGCGAAACUUUGUGGACACACGGCAGCUAAAGGUUUGUGCCACCUGCUUCGAUCUCUCUGUCAGCCUUCUACGUGUGCUGGAGAUGACGGUCACUUUGGUGCCAGAGAUAUUUCUAGACUGGUCUCGCCCCUCAGCUGAGCUGUUACUGCGACGAUUGGCUCAGCUGCUCAACCAGGUGCUGAACCGUGUGACUGCUGAGAGGAAUCUCUUUGACCGCGUGGUCAAUCUUCGUCUCCCAGGACUGGAGAGUGUGGACCACUACCCUAUACUUGUAGCUGUUACAGGCAUCCUGGUGCGCAUCCUAGUAGAGAGUGACAGACAGGGCGUUGCGAGAGCAGCAUCCGUCCUCCUUUCAGACCCCUGUUUCCAGCUGCACUCCAUCCAGCACCUGCUCGGAGAGGGAGAAGCCAGUGCAGCUGGGACUGAGCGCAAGCACUUCUCUCUGCAUGCCUAUGCUGAUUACAUCAGUGCAGAGGAGGAACAGAAGGUGGAACAGAUGUUGGCCUUUCUGACAGAGGAAUCGAAGCAGGCCGCAGCCUGCACAGCACCCACUAGCGAGGAGGACCUGUGUCCCAUCUGCUAUGCACACUCAAUCUCUGCCAUCUUCAAGCCCUGCUCACAUAAGUCUUGCAAAGCUUGCAUCAAUCAGCAUCUGAUGAACAACAAGGACUGCUUCUUUUGCAAGGCUACCAUCACAGGUGUGGAGGAUUAUGUCAAGCCACUGGGCUCUUAGCAUCCAGAGAAAGAUCUAAUGCACACAUGCAUGUGGGUACAAACACACACCAACACAUAUAUCCAUUCACAAUAAACAGCAGCGGCUUCUAGGCACUGACUACACUGCACAGGACAUACCUCCAAAGACCUCAUAUAACCACUUUCUCAUAUUCACACCCUCUUCACCGUCACUUGUGAUACACACCCUUCUCUCUGACAAACUGAAACAACGACCAUUUGUGAUCUUACCUUCACCUGAGUGGAGGAAAUCAAAAGCCUCUGUACUGGUAACAGUGGAAACACUUGUGUGCGCCUUUUCCUGUUCUGUCCUUCUCAUGCCGAUGUGCAAAGACACCAUGUCAGUAUAGCGGUCUCAAUUGACAUACUUGCAGUAAUCACACAUCAAGAUGGAUUACAGUAAGUCAUUCUAGUUGCUAUUGAGGUUCCCCUUGGAAUCUAUGGAUUAUAGGUUUUGGAUGGAAGGUCUGGGGGAGGAAGUGUUCUAAUGGGACACCACUGGAUUGUGUCCAGAAGCUCCAGCUGUCAGUAGAAGGCUUAACCCCGCUCCACUCAAUCACCAGACCUGAGUGCUGUUUGGCCUUCAGUCUGGGCUCUUGUUCCCCAUCCCAGCUCCCGACAUCAUACAGUGCUUCAGUAAACUACUGACUCAACAGAACGCACACUACAGCUACAGUACAGUAGAUACUGUAUAGCAAGGGGAUGGCUUCAGGAGGAGCACCAAUCUCUCAAACACGUGAUCAUGUCUGCCUCUCACACUUCUUGAUUGUGAGUCUGAAAAAUGGCCUGCCUUUGAAGAGGAACCACUGCUCAUUACAGAAUUAUGUGAAUCCACAUAGCCCUCAUACUCAUCAGCGUUUCCAAUGUCAAUCUUCUCUCACGUGGCACAUUUACAUGUCAUUUUGAUCUUGCCAGCUCAAGUGGAGCUGUUGGCUGGUUCUUAAUUUGGCUGUUCGGUGCUCAUUAAUCUUCAGGACUCAAUGGUGUUAAAUCAUGUUUUAUGUUCUUUGGGACUUUUUUCUACCUGACCUGAAUCUUCAUACCCUGACAUACAUUCUAACUGGAAUCCAGUGAAUUUAGUUUAGGUCUAACAUCUAUGAUCUUAAGUGUACAGUUGGAUCCAACGGUUGGCUCUCAAUACACUGCAAACAUCUUUCAUGUUACUGAUACUAAAUGUGUUUGCCAAGGUAGUGAUUGGCCACAUGUGCACUCAUGCUUGUUCUGGGUGUAGAAUGUCAGCGGAUUGAAGAGGCACACACACAGUGGGUGUGUAUGGUGAAACACACACAUCCAUGGACAACAUGCAAGCACAUUUACAUGUACAAAUAACCCUGUCUGGCCUUCCUUUGGGAUUCUGGAGUAGUGUCAGUCUGUGUUUUCCCCACACCAAAUAAACCUUGUGCUCUUCAUGAAGACAUCCCAGGCUCUGCAGGAGAGCUAUUAGGAAAUACACAGAUCGAUUACAGUUUGACCCUCACUGAUGUGCUUUAGUGUAGUAUGGCUUGGCAUGGGGGCUGCAUGAAAAUGAAUUUGGGAAUCCUAUGUAUAGUUCUUAUCUGUGUGUGUGUGUGUGUGUGUGUGUGUGUGUGUGUGUGUGUGUGUGUGUGUGUGUGUGUGUGUGUGUGUGUGUGUGUGUGUGUGUGUGUGUGUGUGUGUGUGUGUGUGUGUGUGUGUGUGUGUGUGUGUUGUUCGUGUGUGUGUGCGCGUGUGAGUACGAUAAAGAGAGAGAGAAGGAGACAAAGCAUUUCUGAGAUGAUUAAUUGAUUUGGUGAGUGGUGGAUACUUUUUUAUGUGAAUUUUGAUUUAAUCCAGAAAGGGUUCCCAGUCUCAGGCUCCCACCGUGUCCGCUAAGGGAAUUUUAGGUUGCACAAAGCAAUAUAUUGACAAUGGACUGUUUGUAUUGUUUUACUAUGUUUACCAUUUGUUUGUUUUGAAGGAAAAGGACAGCUUGUUCUUAACUGUUAGUGAGAAUGCACAUAUAUUGAAAGUGUAAUGGUAUUAAAUUAUUUAUCCAAAGUA